GAAGAUUGCAAAGCGGGCACAGCACACGUCGGGCGGGUACUAGUCUGCCCACGCACCGCGCAUGGCCCAGCUACUCUCGCCAACUCAGGAAAACAUUUUUUUUUCUUUAAUGGACGUCUCCACUGAUUUUCGACAACCUUUUUUCAUCCCUUCAAUACCGUAGUUGCAUCCCCCUCCUGGCCUCAACCUCUCGCUUGAAUGUGAGCUUCCUGCAAAUUGUCAUCACAAACGUUUGUCUGGCCUUAGUUUGACAAGAACACACCAUAGGAUGAUGAAGGGAUGCAAAGAUGCUCCUUCAGACUGGGGCUGCUUGUCUGGGAUUUGUUUCUUCAUCCUGGGCCUGGGAACACUGCUGCCGUGGAAUUUCUUCAUGACCGCCAUAUUGUAUUUUGAACACCGCCUGAACACAACGGACACACAAAAUGUGACGAGCAACAGCACAGUGGAGCCCCCCAAAGAUUACUACUUUAACAGUUUGAUGACCCUGCUGUCCCAGUUGCCCCUGCUGCUCUUCACCCUGCUCAAUUCCAUCCUCUACCAGAGGAUAUCCGAGGCUAUGCGUGUUGGCGGCAGCCUGGUUUUCAUCCUGCUGCUCUUCAUCCUAACCACUGUGCUGGUGAAAGUGGACAUGGACAGAGAGCACUUCUUCUCUGUCACCAUGGCUACCAUUUGGUUCAUCAACUCGUUCGGUGCCGUCCUGCAGGGAAGUCUCUUUGGCCUGGUGGGCAUGUUCCCCCAAAAGUACAGUGCCAUCUUCAUGAGUGGCCAAGGCCUUGCUGGUACCUUUGCUGCCGUUGCCAUGCUGUUAUCCAUUGCCCGUGACGUGGACAUGACUUCUAUGGCUUUGGGCUACUUUGUCACACCGUGUGUGGGCACACUGCUCACGCUCCUCUGUUACCUCCUCCUGCGCCGCCUGGAGUUUGCUCAGUAUUACCUGGACAAGAGCACCAAAUAUGAGGCCGGCACCACUGACGAGCUGCUGACAGCUGAGAGUGCCGCAGUGGAGAACGGCAGGCUGAACAACCACGCCAAUGGCUCGGUGACCAACAGCCCCAACAAAGAUGUCGCCCUGCAGGAGGGCGAGGUGGACACAACCAAGCAGGCCUUCGUCUCUCUGGAGCAGGUGAAGAAAAACCAAGUCAAAGCCUCUGUCAUCGAGGUCUUCAAGAAGAUUUGGGUCAUGGCGUUCUGUGUGACAUUUGUGUUCACGGUGACGCUGUCCGUCUUUCCUGCCAUCACUGCUAAUGUCAAGACAGCGUACGACGGAGGAAAAUGGGAGCGCUACUUCAUUUGUGUGUGCUGCUUCCUGACCUUUAACCUCAAUGACUGGCUUGGCCGCACCAUCACCACCUGGGUGCGCUGGCCUCGCAAAGAGUCGUGUAUCUUCCCACUACUGGUGGUUUCCCGCGUGGUCUUCAUCCCCUUGCUGAUGCUCUGCAACGUUCAGAUGAAAGACACUAGACAUCUGCCUGUCCUCUUCAACCAUGAUGCUGCUUUCACUGCCAUAAUGGCGGUCUUCUCCAUCUCCAGCGGCUACUUUGUGUGUCUGUCAAUGUCCUACGCCCCACAGAUGGUGAAGGCCAAGGAUGCAGAGACCGCUGGAGCCCUGAUGACAUUCUUCUUGGCUUUGGGUCUCUCUACUGGUGCCUUGCUGUCCUUUCCGCUCCGCGCUCUAUUGUAGUCUGUCAACACAUACUCACUAAUACCCGCUAAUAAGGAACAUAAUGAAUAAUAAGGAACAUAACAUAUGCUAUUCCACAGGUUUGUUUGCUCAUUUAUUUGCGUGUUACUUUUGUUAGUCCUGCAUUUGUAGUUGUAUUGAAUGUAGUUUACUGCGCCUAUUAUAUAUAGAAGACUUUUUUUUCGUUUUUUUUUUCUAUUAGUGUUUUAAUUUCUGGCUUGAAGCUUUGUCAGCCAACCUGGUUUUACUGUCUCUUUCUACUUAAAUUUAGAAGAAACCAAAUAACUCAAUGUGGAAAAAUUCCAUCCACAAUGAAAGGCCUAUACCGCCCUCUAGUGGUAGAAGAGACUUAUUCCCUCACCUUGUAACAUGACGAGAGCCUAGGUUUCCGAAGUGGGGUAUGUGCAGGGGUGCCAUCAGAAAUUCCCUAUCUGCUGUGGGAAAAAAAAUCCAAAUCACAGUGGGCCAACCCUCAUUAAUUUUUACAUAUUUUUUGGGGGGAGGACUGACAGUCAGUCAUGGGCUCAUGGAAUUACAAUUACAAUUAGCGCCCAACACUUAAUUAUGAGUGUACCUGAACGCCUCAGCCUGCACAGCACAGAGCAGGAACGAGACAGAGCCUGAGGUUGUCACUGCUCUGUGUCCGUUAUAUGAACAAAUACGUUUGAUGAAUAAGUUAUGCAUUAGGAGUGUUUCUGCUUUAUUUUGGUGUUGCAAUCCUGCAUUGCGUAUGGAGGUUCCCUUAAAAAUGAGGCUUUAUUGCUGGUAGUAUUUUUGUACUUCGAAUACUGUUUUUUGGGGGGUUUUUUUACUCCUUCCCCUUCAAUUUGGUAUGAAAAUUAUGCAGACUUAAUUGUGAUUGACAAAAAAGUGAAGCUCUAAGUCAACCUAUUAGGAACGAAAGGAUCCCAACACCCGACUAAAUAGAAGGUACUGUAUGUAGGACCAUUACUUAUCAACUUAUUAGUGCUCAUGUUCAAAAUUUGACCAUGCAAAUAAAAAUGACUCAGAAUUAGUUAACAAAUUAUUUUCAAUGUUUUAAGUUAAGAUUUAAAAAAAAGUUUGGUUUUUGAGUGUCUCAGUAGGGUGGACUUGGCCUCAGGUAAAAAUUUCUGAAUGGGUACUACUAGUAGCAUAUCCUGCCUGCCUCCUGCGCAGGGCAUGCCUACAUGCCACGUCACACACAGGAAAAGGUGACAUGAAGUUCUUAGACUGCUUGGAUGUGCGUGUGCCCAUCCCAAUGAGACAUUGCCACUCCCCCUUUAAACACUAUUCUCUGAAACUAUUGGUAACGUAUGCUAGCCAGUAGUAGUGUUUUUUUAUAUAUUUAAUUUGGAGUCUAGGAGGGAUAGCACCUUUUUAACAAAAACAUUCAUAGUUUGCUUGCAACGCAACCGUAUCGGACAAUGUGCAUUUUUUUGUAUGUUUGUGUUUCAAUGUACUAUUGCCUUGUGUAACUGAUUUUAUUGGCUUGAAAAGCUACAAAAUAAAACUUUGUAUGAUCUGUA